CGCUGUUGCAAUCCAAGGAUUGAUGCAGCCCCGUGUAGUUUUGAGUUCUCCAAAUGGUAGUCUGAGCCGUCGUUUUGUCUACUAAUGUUUCGUGCCGGUUCACAUUUGUGCUAAUGUAGCGCGUCGCGAUGUGUGACACGGACGGAUGGAUUAGUUAGUCCAUAGAUCUUCAAUUACUUUUAGAGUCCGCGCCCUAGAUGAUCUGGUUUCCUUCUUUCAUCCUACCGUUCGUCAUUUCCCUCCCAACCUUAUAUAUCAAAGGCACAUCACUUGUCCGGUCACUCUGUUUUCUCAUUCAGUUCCCAGAGAUCCUUACAAUGAUACGCCUGCGACGAUUAUUCAGCUUCUCGUUGAUUCUGUUUAUCAUUCAAGUCGAUGGAGUUCAGAUUGGCGCCAAGCCUCCACUUUUGGUUUGCCAUAUUCCACUGGAACUAAAAAUUUUCGCUGACUCUUCCUAUCAAGCUUCGUCUGCUGAUUUGAAAUCCUGUACCCAAAUUACUCUGAGUAGUGUCAACGUGCUUUUCCUUACCAACAGCAAUGCGUCGUUGACGGCAGUCAUGGUUAGUGAGAAACGUAGCCUACAACUGAUGAAGCAACAGACUCCGGAAGCCGCAUUUAGCUUCAGUCUUCGUUCAACAAACGUCUUUCCGGCAACACGACACCUGAAAACCAUUUUUAAUGGGACGACGUCUGUGGCCCUUUUGAUUGAAUUUCUGAAAGUCAACAAGCUCACAGGUUUUGACAUCGCAUGGGACUUGAUCCAGUCGACACCUGACUACGCGCCAAUGCUCAAAACAUUGAAGGCAUCACUGACAAAGGAAGGAUUUAAUUUGACGACGACGAUUGGUAACGAAGUGGACCGCACCGAUGCAUUUCACGUGAGUAAGAUCGCGGCCAUCGUUGAUCACAUAUUUCUCGUUCCAUCUUACAAUCGCCACUACAGCGGAGCGCAGUAUCCGUUGGUCGAUAAAAAUCUGGAACAGGCUUUUGACUCCUUAGAACUAAACGAAGGAGUCUUCUUGAAACUUUAUUCCACGCUGAAAUUAAGUUGGACAAAGAUCGUUGUUGGAUUGUCGUUGCAAACGCUUUUGUGGAAAUUAAACGCGGGCACCACUCUCACAGGCAGCCAGUUUAACCAAACUCAAGCCGUUUUGCAACUUCAGAGCUAUUAUGAAUCUUGUAAAAAUGUCAGCCUCACAUGGCGACUUCAAAAGCAGCCGAAUCCGUUUUACAAGCUGGCUGUAGCUCCAACUAACGACAAGUGGAUGAUUCACGUCGAUCCCUUUACUUUGGGUAGGCGCGUGGAUCUACUGAGACAGUACGGGUUUGGCGGAGUUGCACUCUACGAUUAUUAUCAGGACGAUUUUGCCGGUGUUUGUAACGCGAACGCCAAAGUUUACCCCCUUAUUCAUCAGGCCGGACUCAGCAUGUUUAAUAGUAGUACUAAAAUUCCAUUUCCUGAAAUUGAUUCAAACAGCGGACUCUGCAUUCCAUUUCUCGGACUAACCAAUGAGUGCAAAGGAAUCUUCAACUUUGGAACGCCAAAAUUAAAUAUCAGCUCCACUGAUUUGACAAGUUCAACAAUUUCAUCUAGUUUCGCUGUGAAAAAAACCAAGGUUCCCGUUCAGACCGAUCCAACAACUAUAGUGAUGACAUCGUUAAGUUCUUCUUCAACCACUACACCAACUCCAGUUUCGGAUGCUGAGUAUUUAGACCAAACUAGGUGGAGUUCAGUUUCAUCAGAAUCCUUAAGUACAGAGCCUUCUCUUUCCUAUGUAAAUCUACAUGGACUUGCAUCAACUGAAAUUAAGCUGGAUUUUCCGUCAACGUAUAGCAGCGAGAUAAAAUUACCUGUUGCCGAAUCUUUGGUUACGACAAGUGUUUCUGUAAAUGCUGCAACCGGAGGUUUUCUCGGGAAAGAUGAGAUAUGGCGUGACGAUCAAACUCACUUGUCUGGCGUUACCGAGACAUCUGCUCUCAGCCAAAAUGAUGUCUCAAAUGUCACAGCCUUUGAUCAGCACAUUCAACAGUCCACUUCACCAAACACAGAUAUUGAUGAUGCUGUACCCACUACAUCUUUACCAGAAAUACGUAUCGGGAAUAGAAUCAAUAAUCCUGGCUCCGCGUCUACUAUGUUGCUAUCAACAGCCUUACCCAAACUCGCCGUUGAAAGUGAAGUUACUGCGGUGGAGCAAUCAGCAUUACCUAUUUCAGAGAUUGAGCGGGCGACAGACUAUGCUAUCGUUCCAACCAUUAUUCCAUCAUUUGAAGCGAGUGUCGUCACGUUAAUCCAAGUAGAUACGGAGCCAACAUCAACCUAUGAUUCUACAGGAUCAAAAUCGAUAAGUGAAAUGACAACAGUUUCAUCGAAUUCUGCUUCUGUUCAUGAAACCUUCACUGAUACCAUACCGUUCGCCUCAACAGAAGGAGAUAUCCAGAAUUUUACAGACGACAAAUCAUCCGUGAAAGAGGCCUCGGAUGUCACUAGUUCAGUGACUGAAAAUGUUUCUGUUUCAAGUACUGAGCAGUCUUCAUUAGUUCUUGAAAAAAAUGAGAAUACUGCAGCUCCCGCAGAGACAGACAGCAUUGCGACCACCAGGACACCAACAUUUGGCAAUCAACAACCUUCGAGUCAAUAUUCUGGGUCAGUAGGUGAUUCAAUGAAGGAGACCACCACUGAGCUUCCCAGCUCGCCAUCUGAUACCCGACAAGACUGGACUUCUCCGAUUCCAAGUUCGGUUGCAUUUGAACAUUUUCCUAUUGACAAUGUGAUGGAGUCAUUGUAUGGAGAAUUUGCUCUUACUUCAGAGGAGCCACAAACGAACGAUGCGUUUUCAUCAGAAAUGACAUCAGCAGGAUAUCAAGGUACCGUACCCACUGUUCCACCUUCGUCCACUCCUAACGAACAGUUCACGAUACGCGAAAUUUCUUCAGUCUCUGAAGAAAUAUCAAUGGAAAGUCAUAUUUUUUCUGACGGAUUUCCUUCGACUAUCGAAGUGAUUCCGCCCCUGAUCCUGACUACUGCUCAAGACACCAGCACGGGAUUACUAAUCGAACACGGUAAUCUUGAUUCUGCUAGUUCGAUGGCGUCCAUUGAGGGAACCCAAUUCCCCACUGAUUUUCAGCUUUCAACGCCAAGUGCUCCUAUUGGUGAAGAUGUUAGCAACACCAACUAUAAUCCCGUAUCCGUGGCUACGACAGACCCUCCACCGGAAAAAUUCCCUUUACCAGUAGAAUUGUCAGUACCCGAAUCGAGCAGUAAACCUGUUUCCCCAACUGAAGAUCCAGCCUUUUCGUCCACAUUGCAACAUGCAUCUGCAUUUGAUUCGACCGACGCAUAUUUUCCGACAGAACAAUUUUCAACUUCGUCUAGGCCAUUAGUUUCGAGUACGAAUUCUCCACUUUUCAGUGAAUUUGAAACGGAGUCAGGCGAACAAACAAACGAUGUUUCAACUCUGACACCGAUUUUUGAAAAUGAGGCAUCUGAAGAUUCUAUGUCAACUCUGGGAGAGUCAGAAAACGUAACGCCGGGCUAUUUAAAUGCUACCGACCAACCAGCAACCAGUAUCUCGGAAAUUAGUUCAUCUCAAGGGUAUUCAAACGAGCAUUUCACUAACGUCGACACCACGCCAGCUGAAAUAUCAGACAUUGAAAGCAGUGUUGUAUCGGAUGGGUUAUAUCCUACUGCAGGGAUCCCCAGCAUUUUGGAGUCGUCAACUGAAACUGAACUCCAUUUAAGUUCAACGUCUGAUAGUUCAGCGGUGUCUACUACAGUCCAACCUGUUGAGCCAACUGAAAACAAUUUAUCCAGUGCAUCGUCAAUGCCCUACAAGUUAGAAGCGUCGAUCAUUCCAACAGAAAUUCAAGAUUUGUCGCAGUACUCUUCUACCGAAGUCCCUGUAGGCGAUUUGUUAUCUUUUGAUGCAGUAACAUCAGGCAGUUUUUCUUCGGAUUUAUUUUCUCCCACAUUUGAAUCAACCACUCAUGUUGAUCAAGAAUCUUCUUCCACCUUUUCCAUACCCAACGUUAUGGAUUCGUCAACACAAGAACAGCUUCAAGAUUUUAGUUCACCAAAUUCAUUAACUUCCACUGAAGAAACAGAUAGCGACAAUAGCCUUUCAACUACUACUACUCCGCCAAUUAUGUUAGACGCUAGCACCAUGGUUACUAAAUUGGUGAGUGAUGAAAAUAGUAUCUUGUUUUCCACGAUAAACUUUUCCUGGGAAAUAUCCCAAUCAGAAAUAACGUCGCCACUACCAGACGAGAGUAAGAUUCAACAAUCUUUUGAUGGCGCAUUAAAGCCAACUGAAAAUGAAUCCGCGUCUCCACGGGAACAAGACUUUUUUUCUACUUCGUCCUAUGUUCCUAGUUCUUCGGUAACGACUGAUUCAUCCGUCACUUCAUCGUUUCAAUCUAUCGACACAUCAACAGAGCCUCACGAUGAUUCCCCUUCGGUUAGUACAAAUUCUCCGCUACUCAGCGAAUUUGAAAUGGGGUCAGGUGACGAAUCAAUUAAUCUCCCAACUUUGCUACCCAUUUUUGAAAAUGAGGAAUCUGGCGAAGAUCCUACAACAUCCGUGGAAGAGGCUGAAAACGUUACGCCGGGUUUUUUAAAUGCUACCGACCAACCAGUAGCAAUUCAACAAUCUGUGGAAAAGACUAGUCCAGAAAAUCAAGAUCAACUAUUCUCGCUUUCCCCUGAAGACUCGUCCAAUCAUCAAACGGCAAUCAGCGCAUUGCCAUCAGAGUUUGCGGAAACAUCCCCUGAGGGCAGUGGAUUUCAACCCACCCUUCUUCCAAACCUGGUAGAUAUUGCUUCCGCAUUUAUUAUUCCGGACAUAAUAGAAGCGUCUACCGAGCGCUUAUCGAGUUCUCCGACGGGAAAUUCGGGUGCGGAUGUUAGUGAUGCCGAUUCACAAUUAGUUAGUAGCGAAAUCUAUCCCACUACAAGUCCCUCCAUUGUGGAUCUGCCGAUCAAGGAAACGGCAUCCUCAUUCAUUCCACUCGUGACAGAUGAGAAUGGUUAUGGCAGUGGUGAUAGCACCCCUUUUUUCGACACAUUAAAGCCAACAGAAAAUGAGUCUCCACGGGAAGAAGACUCUUUUUCUAGUGUGGAAGCGGAUUAUUCUACUUUGUCCUAUGUUUCCAGCGAACAAACCGCGACCACUUUACCAUCAAGUUCCUCCGUAAAAGCUGUUUCAUCUGUCACUUCAUCAUUUCAAUCCAUUGACACAUCAACGGAGCUGCACAGCGCUUCAACUUCAUUUUCCAGCGGAUUAGAAAUGGGGUCAGGCGACGAAUCAAUUGAUGUUCCAACUGAAAUACCAAUUUUUGAAAAUAAGGAAUCAGGCGAAGAUUCUACGUCAACUCUAGAAGCUGAGGCUGCUACCGACCAACCCACAAUCAAUAUUUCAAAAAUUGAUUCAACCAUUAAUCCAUUUUCUUCCUCAUUGGCUGAUAAUGUUUCAGAAUCGUUAACAAGGUACACUGUGACUGCCACCGUCAGUAUUGAAUCUACUUCUCCCAGAGCGAUGAUAGAUGACUCUUUCGUAGAAGAACUCGAAGAGAUUUCAUCUACUAAAGUGGCAACAAUUAUUUCAGAAUCUCUUAGUCUUGUUAGUUCAUCACCAGAUUCUUCUACUAAAAUUCCUUAUUUAAGCUCUACACCACCAACUGUCAGCGAUAUUCCAUCUGAACCGUCAACAUCUCAAUCAACAUUUUCUCAAAGUUCAACGUCACUUUCUAGCCAGAGUUUUACCCCCAAAGUGGAUGCUGUAUCUUCUGUGGCCUUUUCAGAUGCUAACACAAUUACUAGUUCUACAGCAGCGUGGAGUGGUUCCUUUGGUUCCAGUAGUGCGUCGACUGAAUCGACGUCUUCCUCCUCAACCUCUACAAUAAGCAUAACUACCUCUAAUACUCCUCAUAGCGACAUCUCAACUGAUAAAUGGGUAAAGACCUCUGACGCAACGACAGAAGUUCUAUCGGCCACUGAAUCAACCACUAUUUCUUCGUCGAACUUCACCACAUCAUUGUCAGCGUCAACGAUUUCUCAUUCUACAUCUUCUCUUUCUUCAUCCGUGGAGCCAGCAUCAACUACUGUGAAGUCUCAUUCAACAACCCCUCCCUUCCAAACGACGAAAUCUUCUCUGCCUCAUUCUGAAAUCCCUACUACUACAACUGAUCCGUUGUCCAACCUAUGGAAUUUGUUGAUUUCAAAGUUAAACGAAACCAUCAGUUUCCCUAAUAGCGGAGAAUACUCUUACGUUUCAAGUUUCUUUUGGUCUAACACAACGUCUUCCAACCUAACCAGCGAAAGCAUUCAAGAAAUCCCAGCACCUUCAAUUUCAAGCCCAAGUGUAAAUACAGGAAACUGGCUUUUCGAAACUCGUCCAUUUUGGUUGUUUGAUCUUCCCAACACGGAGGCACCGUCUUCUCUCUCAACCGCCACACUUUCAACUCCAAAAGAAACCAAGCAGACAUUAUUGCCGGUUUCCCCCACAACGUCCAAUAGCCUUGAAAUAUCCACGUCAACACCCAUAGCAGACUUGUUUGAGACCCGCCCUUUUUGGCUUCAACGUAGUACUCAGCUUACAAAGUCGACGCUAUCUUCCACUCCUAGCAUAACGACGUCCAGUGAAUCAUCCAGCACAUCAACAUCGUCAACCAAAGCACUGCACACGUCCGAUUCCGAAAUGAGUUCGACAACUACAGUAACUCCGCCAUCAACGGCUACAUCCUUAAGCGCACAACAGUCGACUAGUUUCAAUCCAAAUGUUUCUCGAAGGCCUUGCACUGAUAACUGCACCGAAGAAUCUACAGGAAAUUCUUCCGUCGUUUUUGUUGCAAAAGAUGUCGCCAACAAUGUCGUCUUAAAUCUAAAUGUGGAUGCUUACAUGGGCGACAAAAGGUUGAAUUCUUCUUUUAACUUUGAAAAAUGGCUGGAAGAUCUUCAUCGAUUUCUCAGUUCGCCUUCGAAGCCUCAAACAGAAGAAAUCAAACCGUCGCCUAUUUGUGAAUUGGCUGGCAAUUCAAUUCUUCUUAAAUCUCUUUUCUGUCCAGACGACUCGCUCUCGACUGCGGACAAAAUACGCUUCCCUAAUCUAAUGAAUCUCACUAGACUCUUAGCUCCUGCGAUUAUUGCCAACUUGACAACAUCUUUGAAUCUGACAGAAGUUGUGGCUGGCAACGGAACUGAAUUUUUAAAUCACCAAUCCAAUAUCAGCAGCGAAACUAGUACUGAAUCCACCGUUUCCACGUCAACUGAAAGUAGCACAAGUAUAUUCCAUUCCCAAAAUGUAUCGACAACUCUCGUUACUAGCAAUCUCUCUGACGUCCCUUUGCCGACAGUAUUAAAUAGUAGCUUAGAGUCGUUCAUGCUUGCGAUGCGCAACCUAACCGAGCUGUUGAAAGAUUCCAAGAUGAGUGAUUUGAUAUCGGCCGUGAACAACCUCAACCACUCAGUCCCCGAGGGUUUUCUUGAAAGUCUUAUCCAGAGCAAUAAUUCUGACGAUGGCAGGUUUUUCAAUAAAUCUCCACUUAAAAAUGACGUGAUAGAUGCGGUUACCACCCAAGCACCUACAUCGACAUUUUCGGCGACGCCGUCUACCACUGUGCAGCACGAUAUUUUUGCAAAGAACUUUUGGAAAGCAAAUAAACGGAAUCCGGUCAGAAAGCUACAACGUGUAGCUGGUCCGGGGCUUGGCAUCAUUCCGUCUAUUCGCCUACCGUUGCGAACAAAAGUAAAGCCUGUCUCAAAUAUUUUCAGUUCCCUUGCCAAACCAGCGGCUAGUCGUCAAUAAUUGAAAGCUUUUCAACUAAAUAAUAAUAUAUUGGUUAAUAUUUGGAUAAAAUUUGACAUUCCAGUACGGCAAUUUACUAUCUACUCCUUUUUUCAUAAAUCUGUGAAAUUUUGUAUUAAACUUUUCCGGUAGAUAAUAAAAUAAUCGUGACGGAUGCUU